GAGAGCCGGCACAGUCCGCGACGCGCCGCGGCCUCACUGACACUGCUGUGUUUACUGGUACUUCGCCGUGCCGUCAGUAAUCUUAGUGAUCGGUUACAGAACCAACCACAGCGUUGUUAUUCUGAAGCAAGUUGCUUCAUAAAUAGACAACAACUUAGAGGUGUAGGAGUGUACGUGGCUGUGCCUGUGUGCUAUGUGUGUGCGCGCGCGUGCGUGUGUGUGCGCGUGCGCGUGCGCGCUGCUGAUCGCGCUCGCUCUCGCCGAACACGACAAGCGCGCUGAGAUGUCUCCGAUGCCGUUCCUGAUGGCGACGCGCUACGGACGCAGCUCGCCGCCCGCCAGGCACCUCGCGCCCCGGAACGACAGGUUCUUCAUGAGCACGCGGUACGGCAAACGGUCGGAGUCACUGAGCGCGGGCGUGCGCGGGGGUGAGGCAGGGCUGGCAGGCGGCGCGGGGGGUGCAGGAGGGGCGGGGAGGCUGCUGUGCGAGUACACCGGCGUGUUCCCGCUGUACCGCUGUCGGCACAAGCCCGCGUACCGCAAGAGGAGUGCGGAGGUGCUCGGCGACCAGGAGGAGGAGUAAUCCUCCGCUAGACAAGCAGGCCGCGCGACCGACAGCCGCGACCGACGACCGACACGAGCGAUGCAGCCCUAACAUAUGCCCAAUACAUUAUAUUGUGAAUAUUUCAACAUGAAUCUAAUUCAAACACAUCUUAUUAAUAGUUUUAUAUUUAAACAUAUACCUGUCAAUUAUACACACUCACACACGCGUGAUGUGUGAGUGUGUGCGUGGCGCCGGAGCGCUGUCCACAUAUACAUACUGAAUAGUUACAUUUGUACGUAUUUAUAUAUGUAGCGUAGGAACUGGUAACAUUGCAGGCACUUGUUUUGUAACAUAUAAACACGUAAAUACAUGAAUAUUUAGAAAAUAUGAAAAAAAAGGUUAAUAAGACAAGUGUCUGUACAUUUAGGUAAUGUUAUAAUAAGUAGUGUCUGCGACGUGUUACGGCUGGGGACACGUCGCCCGACACCCCCUCGCCCCGCCGCGACCUGCACACAUAUACACAAACACACACACACACACACACACACACACACACACACACACACAUAUACAUACAUACAUUCACACUGAAAAAAAAAGACUAAAUUGUCUUAUACCAUUUGAUGUAUUUUUUUACACAUACUUUUGUAAUGCAACACAAAUUGCAUCUACGACUAUUAUCGCAUGAGCCUCUUAUGGUUGGUAUAGAGAGCUCUUUGAUGAAGCCUUCAAAAAAGUAGAUAACCUAGUCACACGAUUUAUAUUGUUUUGCGACAUGAUAACUAUGAAAAUACACGAAACAAACUAAAGUUCAAAAUAGACAUCGCAGCGAGAUACUUGGCAAACUAAUGACUUUAUAAUCCGUCAACAAUACGCCAUUACUAUUGAGAUGCAAAUAACUCUCAUCUCGCUAACUAUUGUCUCAACAGUUAGUGUAACCUUCCGCGUCACGCCGCCCACAGGAACUUUACUGAAGAGUAAGUUACACAACUUAACUACAUGUAGAUCAUAAUAAUUGCACUUCAGCCGUGUUGUGUCCGACUGUUAGAGAGUUCUGUUUAAUUGUUUCAAUGCGGGAAUAGUUUAAGUACAAUUAUGUUGAAUUUAGUGGAAUUUUAAUUGUUAGUGUCAUCGCUAGUGUGUGUGUCUACUCAGUCUGUUUACAACAUGAGAACUACCUCAUACAACGGUAAACUUUGUCACUGAUUAACACUAAUAAAAAAAAGAUGAAGCAUUUGUAAAUUAUUGCUUCCGAUAAAUGGAUAAUAAACUGGACUACAUGUAAAUCUGAUUGUAAUUCAGUUUAACAGUCGUCUGUAAUGCUGUAACGCAUAAUAUGUAUUUGUAUGCACAAGAUGAACCAGUGAUUGGGCAGUUCACAUCGUUCAAUACCACUCUACAAUAUUUUACUGAAAAAAGUUUAUUUACCAAACAUUAUAUAUUAUGAAGCUGAUAUAAACUACCAGAUCACAGCUUCGUGUGCAGGCCGCGCCGGGUGCGGGACUAGUGUAAGUUAGCGAGUGGAAGCUAGUAGUAAGCGCGCGACGUUGUCUACUACAUGAGUCUAUAUAAACGGACGCUCACGA